AGGCCCCGGCUUCUGCUGUCAAGUAGCUAGGGUGGGCUCCGCCUAGGCGAGGAGUAGCGCCGGUGGGAGAUGCACUCCCAGCUGUUUGCGGCGGGAGCGGGAAAGCUGUAGGGCCAGGCAGCGCGGCGGCGACAGGAGUGGGGAACAGGUGUUUCAUAGUGCUCACCUGGCUUAAAGCUUUCCUUAUUUUUGAAAGCUGAACCAUCUACUCAACCGAAGAUGAAAAUGCCAUUGCUGGCCAGCCAUCUCCUGCUAAUCUCUAUUACGUCCUGUCUAGGAGAGUUCACAUGGCACAGAAGAUAUGGUCAUGGAGUUUCUGAGGAGGACAAAGGAUUUGGACCCAUUUUUGAAGAGCAACCAAUCAAUACCAUUUACCCGGAGGAGUCGCUGGAAGGAAAAGUUUCACUCAACUGCCGGGCACGAGCCAGCCCUUUUCCAGUUUACAAAUGGAGAAUGAAUAAUGGGGAUGUUGACCUGACAAAUGAUCGGUACAGUAUGGUAGGAGGAAACCUUGUCAUCAACAACCCUGACAAGCAGAAAGACGCUGGGGUAUACUACUGCUUGGCAUCAAAUAACUAUGGGAUGGUCAGAAGCACAGAGGCGACCCUGAGCUUUGGAUAUCUCGACCCCUUUCCUCCUGAGGAGCGUCCAGAGGUCAAAGUGAAGGAGGGGAAAGGCAUGGUGCUUCUCUGCAAUCCUCCCUACCACUUUCCAGAUGAUCUUAGCUACCGCUGGCUCCUGAAUGAAUUUCCUGUAUUUAUCACAAUGGAUAAACGAAGAUUUGUGUCUCAGACAAAUGGCAAUCUCUACAUUGCCAACGUUGAGUCUUCUGAUAGAGGCAACUACUCCUGCUUUGUGUCCAGUCCUUCUAUUACAAAAAGUGUGUUCAGCAAAUUUAUACCUCUCAUUCCAAUACCUGAACGAACAACAAAGCCAUAUCCUGCUGAUAUUGUAGUGCAGUUCAAGGACAUAUAUACCAUGAUGGGCCAAAAUGUGACUUUAGAGUGUUUUGCUCUUGGAAAUCCUGUUCCUGAUAUCCGAUGGCGAAAGGUGCUAGAACCAAUGCCUAGUACUGCUGAGAUAAGUACUUCAGGGGCUGUCCUCAAGAUUUUCAACAUCCAGUUAGAAGAUGAAGGCAUCUAUGAAUGUGAGGCUGAGAACAUUAGAGGAAAGGACAAACACCAGGCAAGAAUUUAUGUGCAAGCAUUUCCUGAAUGGGUAGAGCAUAUCAAUGACACCGAGGUGGACAUAGGCAGUGACCUCUACUGGCCUUGUGUGGCCACAGGGAAGCCCAUCCCGACCAUCAGAUGGCUGAAAAAUGGAUAUGCAUAUCACAAAGGGGAACUGAGACUGUAUGAUGUGACUUUUGAUAAUGCUGGGAUGUACCAGUGCAUAGCGGAAAACGCAUACGGAUCCAUUUAUGCAAACGCCGAGCUCAAGAUCCUAGCUUUAGCUCCAACUUUUGAAAUGAAUCCCAUGAAGAAAAAGAUCUUGGCUGCUAAAGGAGGAAGAGUUAUCAUUGAAUGUAAACCCAAGGCUGCACCCAAACCCAAGUUUUCAUGGAGCAAAGGGACGGAGUGGCUUGUCAACAGCAGCAGAAUACUUAUAUGGGAAGAUGGUAGCUUGGAAAUCAAUAAUAUUACAAGGAAUGAUGGAGGAGUCUAUACGUGCUUUGCAGAAAAUAAUAGGGGGAAAGCUAAUAGCACUGGGACUCUGGUGAUCACAAAUCCUACACGAAUCAUUUUGGCCCCCAUUAACGCUGAUAUCACUGUUGGAGAAAAUGCUACGAUGCAGUGUGCCGCGUCCUUUGACCCGUCCUUGGAUCUCACGUUUGUUUGGUCCUUCAAUGGCUACGUGUUAGAUUUUAACAAAGAAAACACAAAUAUCCACUACCAGAGGAAUUAUAUGCUCGAUGCCAAUGGGGAACUGCUCAUCCGAAAUGCCCAGCUGAAGCAUGCAGGAAGAUACACAUGCACAGCGCAGACCAUCGUGGACAAUUCUUCAGCUUCGGCUGACCUUGUUGUCCGAGGUAAAAAGAGAAAAGAUGGAGAGAAAAACAUGGUGGACCCCUUUCUCCCCGUCUGUGCCAGCCUGCCUCCAACCUGGUGAUCGGGAUGCUCACCUUUUGUGUGAAAGCCCCCUUCUCCCGAAAUUAAAAAAAAAAAAAAAAAAAAAAAAAAAGCAGUGCCGUACUAGAUUUGACUAAUUAACCCAACCUUGUAGCUUUUACAAUUCCAUUCCCCAUCCUAGUUCGUAGAGGAUGUUUGAGACUUCUUAACACGCUUUGAAGUGAGAGGUUUUAAACUCCUGGAUUAGCUUUACUAACCCCUGCAAACAACGCCUCACAAACUAACCUAGGGCAUCGUAUACUAGCCCAGUGAAAGUCCCAUAUUUCCUGUCCUGUUUUUCUUUGAGAUUAUGUAUCUCAGAAGUUAGCUCAUUACCAUAAACAGUUAAGAAGACCUGGCGACAUAUAAAACAGGAAUGCUGCCGCCACCGGAGCUGUUUACUUUAUUACAGCAGGUAAUGAAGAGUUGCCGUCCAGUUCACCGGUCCUUGGUCCUUUUAAUAGGAGUGCACGCUGGGCGGGGUCGCACUACUAGUGACUUCUUUAUCUAACAAUGCCUUUCGUGCUUUGGAGGAACUGUUGAAAAGCAGCUGUAAGCCAUCAGCCAGGGAUCACGACCUUCGAGUGUCUGGGAGCAGAGUCUGGGUUUAGGAAGUAAACAUGGCCAGUGUAUAUAGCGAGAUUCCCAGGAUGAUGGUGAAGUCUUCAACAGCUUGCUUUCACAGUAAACUGUGGUAACUCCUCCCAUGAUCCUUCUCCGCCUUCUCCUUCAGGAGGAAGGGUGGGGCUUGUAUUAGGAUCACGCUGAAGUGAAGACUGGACCCGAAUGUUCAAUUCUUCCUGGGACUGCUUAAAUUUCCUCUGUUUUCUUUGUUUAGAGAGAAACAUACUUAAAAUUCUUAAUUUUUUUCCAAGAAGUAAUUUUUGCUCCACUUAGACAGUUUUACGUGUAGCAAUGAGAUAUUAUUUAGUCAUUUCAUUUAGUGAUUAGUGACCCCCAACAACUUCAUCUGUGGUUGAGGGGAACUAUUUGAGGAUGUGUAUAUUACUCUUAAAUAAUUACACAUGGAUGGUUACACUACAAAUAAUUUUCAAAGGACAAGGAUCUCUGGAUUUCUUAUAUUCAUCCUUUAUAUCUUGUAGUUGUGGUUGACAUAAAGAACUAUCUACAUCAAUUUCUAUUUUAGUAAAUAUUCAAAACUAUUUUGAGGUGUUUUUUUUUUUUUUGUGUGUGUGUGUGUGUCUGUAAAUAUCGCCAUGGAAACACAUCUGAGUCACUACUUGGGGCAUUUUCUUUAAGAAUUUUUUCUUUGUUCAUUUUACAUACCAACCGCAGAUCCCCCUCUCAUCUCUCCUCACGCUCCUCCCCAGACUCCCCCUCCCCCGACUAGCCCCCCAUGCCCUCCUCCAAAAGGGUAAGGGCUCCCAUGGGAAGUCAGCAAACCCUGGUACAUUCAAUUGAGGCAGGACCAAGACCCCUCCCCCCUGCAUCAAGGCUGAGCAAGGUGUCCAACCAUAGGUAAUGGGCUCCAGAAAGCUAGCUCAUGCACCAGGGAUCGAUCCUGAUCCCACUGCCAAGGGUCCCUCAAACAGACCAAGCUACACAUCUCUCUCCCAUGCCAGCUUUACAGCUGUUGGUCUAAAGUUCAUGAGUUCCCAGGAACUUGGUUCAGUCAUCUCUGUAGAUUUCCCCCAUCAUGACCCCCCCCCCCCCCAGGCUCAUAUAAUCCCUCUUCCCUCCCUUCAACUGGACUCCGAGAGCUCAGCAUGAUGCUUGGCUGUAGAUCUCUGCAUCUGCUUCCAUCAGUUACUGGAUGAAGGCUCUAUGAUGACAGUUAGGGUUUUUAUCAAUCUGAUUACCGGGGUAGGCCAAUUCAGGCACCCUCUCCACUAUUGUUAGUAGUCUAAUCUGGGGUCAUCCUUGUGGAUUCCUGGGAAUUUCCCUAGCUGUAUCUGAGGUGAUACCUUCAAGAACAGACAAGAAAAUAAAGAAUGAAAAUUCAUAAAGAAACCACAUGGUAGGAAAGUAUGAAUUCUCGUCUUUAAACAAGAAAGGUUUCUUAGCUUCAUUAACUUCCUCUUGCCAAAAUCUCAUUUCUAAGCAGGGUAGAAGUUCUUUUUUAUUUAUUUUUUAAUCAACAUUAGAGAACAUUUGCUAUUUAUCUCUGACUUACUGAAGCUCAAACUUGAACAGCUGCAUACCACACUGAUCUGAUUUUGUAGCAUUACAAAUGAGCCAUUGUCCUGACAGAUUCUCUAGUAUUAGCAGGCAUGUUGUAAUGAAGGGUCUUUAAUUGACUUAUUUGGUAAAGGAGGAACAAAUGGCCAGCUAAAACUUACAUGUUUUUUCUCUAUUGACAAGUUUUAUUUUGAGAUGAUUUUUAUCAAAUAAAGGGUGAUGGUUUCCAUAGUUUUUGUUUUCUGCUUGUGGGUAGCACUUUGGUAAAAAUUAACAAUGGGUACAGAAGAUGUGUUGUGAUGCUUUGGUUUUUAUAUUGCAAACUGACCACUUGUCAGGAGAAAGAGAAUGACCACUUUGAAAUUGGCAACAUUUAUUUAAAGAAUAGGUGACAUCACAUAGACUGGAAAUAUUUAGCAGGCAGCGUUGGAAAGUACUUCACAUUGCAGACACAUGGUCUGAGCUUUUAAAGUGGCAUGCCCUGGUUUAGUCACACUGGGCUAGGAAGGUGUGUCACCUAUCAGACCAUACUCAGUCUCUGACUGCCCAAGAGGGUCUGGCAGUCAUCUUUCCAGACCGGAAUUCUUUUACAAAAUACACAGACACUAGCUGUGAGGAGCACUGAGCACUGGGCUCUUUCUUCGUCUACCCAGUCAAUGGGUCAGUAGUAAAAUGAUUAAGAUACAAGAGUAAAUUAGUGAAAGAAACUAUGGUGUGACAGAUGACAGUCUGUGCCACUCCACAGAUUCUGGACAUUUCUCUGUUUCUUCACUGGUGAACAGAACUGAAACAAGCUUUGGUGGUCGAUGGUGGACUCCCCAGUGCCUGGAUGUAACCCUGGGAAGGAGGCUGCUGACUAGAUGUGCUUCAUCCUGCAAGGAUGAAGGGGGAUGGCUCAGAGCAUCCUCUGUCAGCAUCUCUGAGGACACUAAAGCUGGAGAGCAAGACCAUGUGGAUGAGGAACAGAAAGGGUAGAGCCAGUGUAGAACAGGAAGGGUGGUAUAUGUCCACUCCUCCAUCUGAGCAGGGCAGGAAGACACUAGCCAAGCAGGGGGAUCAUCACAAGGCUGCUGUGGCAUCAUCUGGUUGGAUCAGGAAACGGAGGUCAGCCAGUCUGUAGAGAUGUGACAUGUGAGCUCAAAAAUACUCAGCAUGGAAGGCUGGAGAAGGAUUGUAAGGCGACUGAUGCAGGAGAGGGAUGGAAAGCAGAGAACUGCUUUCACCAACUUUACUCUCUUUUCCAUCUCUUCCCACCCUUUCCUUUCUUUGCUUCUUUUUCUACUGUUUCCAUCUCCCCUACUCUUUAAUGGUGGUAAGAAAAACUAAUAACUUGACUCUGCAAGAGCUAGUCACAAAAAUGCAUCAGUUCACCACCUUCCUUCAGCUCUUUUUAUUAGAUAUAAGAUUUUCAUUAAUUGUUUAAGCAUUCCACACUUGCAUACAAUGUACUUUGAUCAUAUUCAUCCCUACUCCUCCCAGAACUCACCCCAGAUCCUCCCCCAACUCCUUCUCCCAAUGUCAUGCCUUCUUCUAAUUUGUGCAUCCCAUAUACUCAUGGGUGUGAACCGCCCACUGGAGUGUGACUGACCUACCAGGGACUACAUCUUCGAAAACUGACUCUCUCCCACCCCCAGCAAUAAUCACCUUUCAAUAUUGCCUUAGUGAAGGGUGAAAGCCAUGAGCCUUUCCCACCUCAAAGGUGGAAUGUAGACUGUUUUGAUUUUGUUCUGGUUUUGUGCAGGCACCAAGGCUGUUGUGAGUUCAUGGGUGCAUCUUAGCAAUCUUUUCCCCUUGUCUUCUCUGACCUCUAGCUCUUAAAACAUUACUACCCCCUCUUCUGAGAUUGCCUGUGAGCCUUGGGGAAAGCCACUAUACAUCUUUAAAAAUGAAGAGAAAGAAAUAAAUUGAAGAAUAAAAUAAUUCAAAUCAAGGCCCCUUCCAGAUGAUGAAUUUCUAUCAUGUUUCAUGAUAAUGUACCCUUGAGAUGAAAAUGUGCUUAUAGAAAUCAUUAUCUUCUGGAUGAGGAUGCCCUAACAAAUGCUAAAUAUGUGGUAAAAUGCUGAGAAUGUGUGUAAUAGCCGUUUGCUGGUAUACUUCCUGAUGUUAGUUCUUCCCAUGAGGAUUUAUUGAGAGUACACAGGGAUGAACGGAAAGAAGGAAGGGGGAGAGAGGAAGGAAUGAAAGGAAACUUGAAGUCACAGUUAUGUGUAACCCCCGUGCCCCCUAUCUGUCAUUGAGAAGAGUCUCAGGAAAGGGCUGUUGGUUUUUUGGGUGCCGCCUUUUGUUCUAGGGCACACAGUUUCUUUGUCUCACUUUCUACCACAGCACCGUCACUCUGGAGGAAAAAAAAUCAACCAAGUAACAUGACCAUCCACUGCGUCAAACCCUCCUGUGGGAAGUGCCGCAGCCUGGCCUGGGGGCAGCUCCGGCCAUCCAGAAUUCCAUGCUACACAGUAGCGGUGCAGUCUGCAUUUCCCCUCACUUGCCACGGAAAACACUUCAUUUUCUAGGAUCCCUGCUGCUUUAAGAUGAUAAAUGAACGGUUCUUCUUAGGAGUAAUUACUGCUUCCAGGAGCCGUGACUCCUAGAAAGCGCUUUGAGCGAUAAUGGUAACUGACGUUUUCCAAAGGUUCUGAGGACUAGGCGGCUAUUCCAGUCACACCAACAAUCCAAUAGUGAACUCACAUUGCUCCCAUUUUACCAACGAGAAAGCAAGAAUUCUGUCGUUUGAAAACCCUGACCACGUUAAAUUAGCAUGUGAAUUCUAAAGGCAUGCUUACUUUGAACUGUCAGAUUCCAACUUUUUAAUUUUACUAUGAUUUGUUUUUCCUCUGAGUGACAUCUUUAUCUUGGAGACAAAUAUGAGAAAUAACUAGGUGAGAAGCGCGAGAGAUGGGGCAGCCAUUAAAUGCUAAGGCUCAUAAUAAGAGAUUAUGAAGCAGACAAGUUUAUUUUGUAUUAGAAAAAAUAUUGCAAAUUAAUAUUAUCACAUAAGGGAUUUGAGGGUGCUGGCCGCUCCUUUCAUCUGCUCCCUCAGUUCCACCUCCUGGUAAUACAGCCUCUCAAGGUUAGUGUGUGAAUGAACACUGUAAGGACAUCAGCUGUGAUCAGUUCGUCCAUAUGGUCAACAAUGGACCCUAACAAGCCAAGCGUGCCUCAGAGAUCAACAUGACAAAUAACAACCAUAUAUUUGCCCAGUAAUGUCAUGUUUCAGUCACUGAACAACUCAAAAAGUUACGAUGCACACAAAGUCCCUAACCAAUCUACUAACGUGUGCAACAUCAUCACUACUGCUCACCUGAAACUCCAAGAAUUUCAGAGAAAAACAGCAGGGAAAUGAUGAGCACGUCAGCAAGUAGAAGCUAACCUGGGAGUUUCUUCUGCAAGCCCUUGUAACAUCGCUGUACACUAAUGCUCAGCAGAGUUUGGAUGCAUCGUAGAAGCUUAUCUUCCAUUAAAAAUUGCUUCUUUCCUCUUUCACCUUUUCUAUUUUAAUUCUCUCAAAUACUGUGCUCAGUACUUGAUUUGCUUGUUAGUCUCAUUAACAAGUGACCCUGUGUUUCAGUCUGGAUUUUACACGUUAAAAAAAAAAAUGUGGUUUAUUCUCUUUGAAUAGCAAGUAUGCUCUAUAUUGUGUACAUAUCUGUAUUUGAUCGUUUAACAUUAAGUAAAAGCACACUCAGAGAUGAUAAUUUUAAAAGUUUGUUUACCUUUAUUGUAUUCGUAUGUAUCAUUCUAAGGAAUAAAUUUUACUGCUGUCAA